AUGAGAUGCCUUUUUGGCAGCCCAUUUCCUUUUUUUUUUUCGCAGCCAACGAAUUUUCUUUUUCAAGAUUUCGCUUCAUAUCUUUUUUCAAACGUGUCGUUACUAUCAUUUAUUUAUCAUGUACAUCCUCGUGCUACAGCACAGGUGGAAGAGCCAAGAGAAGACCGGGCGGGCGUUUUUGAACAACAACGAACAAUCGGAGAUACCCCGUCGUUUUUUUUGCCUUGUUUGCUUUUUUUUUUUUGGAUUUCCAAAUGCCAUUAUGGGAGUCGGGGCGAAAGGGAUUAUUUCUGGCGGUUGGAGAGCAAAGACGGGAAGUAUACACAUACUUUACACACAAAGCCUGUUUUUUCUUUCUUAUCGUCUGUAUUACCAUCAUCAUUUGUUGGGGGAGAAAGUUAUUUACAACGGCACCCUAUACUUAUUACUUAG